CCUUGAACGGUAGCCCUCCUUUGGCCAGUGUCAGCAGCUUCCAUGCGCAAACAGCUUGAUCCCCGAAUACCCGUACUGAUUAACAAUAAUGUCAAGAAAAACCACCGGUCCUUUAUAGUUUUGGUCGGUGAUAAAGGAAGGGACCAGAUCGUGAAUCUUCACUUCUUGCUUUCACAAGCACGCGUGUCUGCACGCCCUUCAGUACUAUGGUGCUAUAAGAAAGAUCUUGGUUUUACCGCAGCCCGGAAAAAGCGAGAGGCAAAAAUCAAACGGGACGUGAAGCGGGGUGUCCGGGAGCCAAACGAGCAAAAUCCAUUCGAAAUAUUCGUGACCGUCACAGAUAUCCGUUAUACCUAUUAUAAAGAAUCACAUCGUAUAUUGGGAAACACGUAUGGAAUGUGCGUCCUGCAAGAUUUUGAGGCAAUCACGCCCAAUCUCCUGGCACGCACUAUCGAGACGGUGGAAGGUGGAGGACUAGUGGUGCUUCUCCUAAAAACGAUGACAUCCCUGAGGCAGCUGUACACUCUUACCAUGGAUGUGCAUGCCAGAUACAGAACUUCAUCUCACGAUUCGGUGGUUGCGCGAUUUAACGAACGAUUUAUUCUCUCCCUAGGGUCUUGCUCGGACUGCUUGGUAUUGGAUGAUGAACUCAAUGUCUUGCCCAUAUCUAAAGCGAAGGAUAUCACCCCGAUUGAAGAGGAGCGCGGGAAGGGUAAGGCGGAUUCCGAGCUCAAGGACCUCAAGGAUAGUCUGGCAGACACAAAACCUGUUGGCGAGCUCGUAAAACUCGCCAAAACCCUAGACCAGGCUCAAGCAGUAUUAACCUUCGUUGAUGCAAUUGCCGAGAAGACUCUUUCAUCCACCGUCACGCUCACCGCUGCUCGAGGUCGCGGUAAAUCUGCAGCGCUAGGCUUGGCAAUCGCUGCUGCUCUCGCUCAUGGAUACUCAAAUAUUUUCAUCACGAGUCCCAGUCCCGAAAACUUGAAGACACUUUUUGAAUUCAUCUUCAAGGGUAUGGAUGCUCUCGGUUACGAGGAGCACUUGGACUACGAUAUUGCACAGAGCACGAAUCCGGAAUUUAAUAAGGCCAUCGUCCGUGUAAAUAUUUUCCGUCAGCAUCGUCAGACCAUUCAGUAUAUCCAACCUGAGGAUGCACACGUUCUUGGUCAAGCCGAGCUAGUCGUCAUUGAUGAGGCAGCUGCCAUCCCCCUCCCGCUUGUCCGCAAUCUCUUGGGUCCAUACCUUGUUUUCAUGGCUUCCACGAUCAACGGAUACGAGGGCACAGGUCGCUCUCUUUCUCUCAAACUCAUACAACAACUCCGCGAGAAUACCCGACCUUCACUCACGAAAGAUGCUGCUGCGUCUGUCGAAGAUGGCGCUACUGCCUCGACCUCCAAAAAGCCCACGCAGUCCGGUGCCCCUAAAGCUAGAAGCCUUCGUGAAGUCAAGCUUGAAACGCCUAUCCGAUACUCUGCCGGCGAUCACAUCGAAAAAUGGCUCAACGGUCUUCUUUGCCUUGAUGCGACAGUGGUGCCUAAAGCCGUCCAACAAGGCUGCCCGCACCCUUCUUCAUGCGAGCUGUACUAUGUCAGCCGGGAUACACUCUUUAGUUACCACCCAGCAUCCGAGGUUUUCUUGCAGCGCAUGAUGGCGUUGUAUGUCGCCAGUCACUACAAGAAUCAACCAAAUGACCUUCAGUUGAUGUCUGACGCGCCAGCGCAUCACCUUUUCGUGCUUCUACCCCCCAUAGCAGAUGACGAGACUCAUCUUCCGGAGCCACUUGUGGUACUGCAAGUCGCACUGGAGGGGAAUAUUAGCAAAGCCGCCAUCAUGGAUGGCCUGAGCCGUGGAUUGCGUGCGGGAGGUGACAUGAUUCCUUGGCUUGUCUCCCAACAGUUCCAAGAAAGCAAAUUUGCACUCCUUUCUGGGGCCCGGAUUGUACGGAUCGCGACCCAUCCUGAUUACGCAAAUAUGGGGUACGGAUCUCGGGCUCUGAAAGCUCUCAAUUCCUUCUACAGCGGAGAAUAUUUUAACCUGGAUGAAGCUACCCGCGCCGAACCCUCGUAUCCAGAUAUAGCGGCCCUAGAUCCCGAAACGGAUCUAAAAACGGAUCACCCCACAAUACGCGCGCCUGAAGCGAUGCCCCCACUGCUCCAGAGGUUAUCAGAAAGGAAACCUGAAACCUUGGAUUACCUUGGGGUCUCGUAUGGCCUAACGCCACCACUCCUUCGAUUCUGGAAGAGGGCUGGAUAUGUGCCCUUGUACGUCCGCCAAACACAAAGUGAACUCACGGGAGAGCACACAUGCGUUAUGGUUCGGGGACUCAACAGUUCGACGGAUGGCGAACUCGAGUGGAUGGGCGAGUUUGCGAAAGAUUUCAGGCGGCGGUUCCUAUCUCUGCUCUCUUUCAAGUUCCGUGAGUUUGGCAGCGUCACUGCACUGAGUGUGCUCGAGGCAGCGAAUGUCGGCGUGAAGAAACUCGACGGAGAAAAGUCGCGGGCUCUGGGAUCGCAAGAGCUCUCAAUCCUGAUGUCACCAUUUGACCUGAAGCGUCUGGAGUCAUAUGCCAAUAACAUGCUUGACUAUCACGUUAUCCUUGAUCUGCUCCCAACGGCGGCUUCUCUGUAUUUCGAAGGACGGUUAGGCGACGACGUGAAGCUGAGUGCGGUUCAGGCCUCCAUUCUCCUUGGUCUCGGUCUUCAGCGAAAGACCAUCGAGGAGGUCGAGGGCGAGCUCUCGCUGCCUGUUUCACAGGCACUAGCCUUGUUCGUCAAGGUUGUCCGCAAAAUCACGAAGCAUCUUGUCGACAUCCAGAAGGCUUCAAUUGGCGCAGAUAUUCCGUUGGCUCCUCCCACCGCGAGUUCACGUGUCGGGGAUGGUGGCGAAUCUGCGCAGUGGAAACCCGUUGAAUCAAAUGUCGAGGAUGAGUUAAACGAAGCCGGCGACGAAGCAACAAAAGCGCUUCGCGAAAAGCAACGCGAGAUGAUUGACUCUCUGGAUCUGAGCAAGUAUGCUAUUAACGAUGCUAGCGCGGACUGGAGUGUCGCUGAGGCACAAGUAGUAAGGCUUGCGAAGGGGGAAGGAGCUACAGUCAUCAGCGUGAAGACGACUGAACCUGCUGCUGGCCGAAAGCGGAAAGCAGAAGGUGGAGAUGAGAAGGAGAAAAAAACGACGAGAAGGGGCAAGAAGGUGAAGCGAUGAACUAACCUAAGUAUGGCAUGUUGCUAUGACAGGCCCGGUAGGUUGCACAGUUUGAACAAUUUGAAAUGGAGAUAAUCGUACACACCAUAGUAUCAGAGACGACCUUUUGCAGAUCUAAACCAUGAUGUGACCAUUGCAGUAUACGCACGUAUCUUCUUUGAUCGCAGUAUUGAGUAUACGCAGAUCCGGGCUAGCUUACUGGCAUCAUUCGUUGUUGGAUGAAAGCUGGCAUGACAUCUUGCAACGACGAUCACUUACUGCCGGUUCUUUCACCGGACAUCCUUUAGGAUCAUAACUAAAUUUGAAAUUGCAAACUGCCCGAACGAUUCC